AUGAUCCUCUGCGUGAUUCACUGUGCAUUGUCUCUGGGCGACCUGAUCUUCGAAUGGGGAACCCCUCUCUCCGUAUAUUAUGUGCUUCUGGUCAUUGAUGCCUUCGUGUUUGCCGCUCUGGGCUACUGCUGGGUUCGGUUCAUCCGAGUCUCUGGCCAUCCCACCUUCCUGAGAUGUUCAGCCGCAAGACAAGAGGCCUCUGUAGAGCAGGGGUCUCCUACCGAAAUGUUUGCUGUCGACACAGCACCCCCCAAAUACAGUGGCACCGACCCAGAGGCAUGGCGUCCUGGGGUCCACGCUGGUGCCGGUUCUGAAUACUGA